UUCAGGAGUUUGAUAUUGCCACUCACCUGGACACUGUUCCCGAGCUUGUGGGUAGAGUGUACAACCGACCGACCAUUGCAACGCUGCGGAGAGAGACACUGAAGGGAGCUACUGAUCCUGCCCACCUCAAGAAAUUAGCCCAGCAGAGGAAGAACCAGUACGAUCUCCUGAGGCAGCGCAUUGAGAGAGAAAAGGCCAUGUUUGUUGUCACACAGAAGAUCCAGACACGAAAGGAUCUGCUGGACAAAACUCACAAAGUGAAGGUGAAGAAUGAGACAACAACAGGUCCAGCUAUUUACAGAUUCAAGUUUCAGCGGAAGCGUUAG